CCACAGUCUUCUCUUCCGUUAUGCCCCGCCCUUCUUUGGUCUACUAUCUCUCUCUCUCCCUCUCUCUCUCUCUCUCUCUCUCUCGGCGAGAUCAUCGCAUUGGGUUUGAUUCUAUCUAGAACUCCAAAUCCCAGGAAAAUUUUCGGAGUUCCGCGUUUCCUGCAUCGUACGUGAGUAGAAAUUCGUCUGAAUUUCUUCUCUGCAUAUGUGAAUUGCUCGAAUUCUCGCUGAUGCCGGAGUUUGAGCGAGGUAACGUCUGAUGGUUCGCUGAAAAGUUUUUUGCCUUUGAUUUUUCGGCUUCUGGGAUUUGUAGAGAUGUCAUCGAUGCUGGUUCUUGUAGGUACAAUGCCAUCAAUGGCUUCUCUAGUUAGUCUAGGUGGUUCCGUUGUAAGUAUCGCCGGAACAAAUUCAUCGGAUGCAUCAUAUUCUUUAGUUAGGAGGGUUUCGUUGUCGACAAGAAAUUUUGAGGAAGGUAAGAAAUGGGUCUGUGGAUAUUCCGUAACGAGUUCCACUAGUACAGCUACUGCCACUUCUGACUUCCUUGCUGAACAAAACCACUCGGUUCCCAUAGAUUCUAACACAAAUGCAGGGAGUAAGGACGAGGAUGAUGGUGAGAUCGUGCUUAAGCCGGCUCCUAGACCCGUGUUAAGACCUAACCCAGCCAAGGGAGAAGGUGCUUUUGGGGCAAAUUCUGUGUUUUGGAGUGAUGGAUCGUUAGAUGAUGAAGAAGGGAGGAAUAAAGUGAUUGAAUCUCUUGGCGAGGUAUUAGAGAAGGCCGAGAAGUUGGAGAACUCGAAGCCAAGUAAAAUUAUAAAUGAGGGUAACGGGACUGGUAAACCAUCUCAGCCAACUAGCAGUAAUAGUUUGAGAAAUGGUAAGUCUGGGGUUGUUGGGGAGACUAUGAAAGCUAAGACCAUGAAGAGUGUGUGGCGGAAAGGGGACACCAUCACAAAAGUGCAACAGGUUGUUAAAGAUUCGGCCAAAGUUGAUAACAGAGGAGUUCAAAUGGAAUCUAGGUCAGAGGAGGAAAACAUGAAAUCCCAAGCAGCCUGUCCAUUGCCUCCUCCUCAACCACCUGUAAGACCACGGCCAAAGUUACAAGGAAAACCUAUGGUUGCUCCACCACCGGUAAAGAAACCUAUCUUGAAGGACUCUGGUAUGGCUUCAAAACCUUCCGCUGUUGAAGGAGUCGAUUCUGGCACUAAUCGGAAGCCGAUUUUGAUUGAUAAAUUUGCUUCUAAGAAACCUGCUGUUGACCCUUCAAUCGCCCAGGCUGUUUUGGCCACUAGGAAACCUGGAAAGGGUCCUCCCUCUGGCAAGUUUAGAGAUGACUACCGUAAGAAAAAUGCAUCAGCAGGUCCAAGACGAAGGAUUGUUGAUCAUGAUGAUGACGAUAUUGCCGAUGAAGAGACCUCAGAACUAAAUGUAUCCAUUCCUGGAGCAGCCAGAAAAGGGAGAAAGUGGAGUAAGGCUAGUCGAAAGGCUGCAAGACUCCAGGCCGCCAAAGAAACAGCACCCAUUAGAGUCAAAAUCUUAGAUGUGGAAGAUAAAGGCAUGUCAAUCGAGGAUUUGGCCUACAACCUUGCCAUUGGCGAAGGUGACAUAUCUGAUCUUACUUUGUUGCUGUGUUUAGGUCGGGCUCUUUUUGAUGACAUCGGUAAAAGAGUUGAUGAAGCUGGACCCUCUAUGCCUGUACAGGUGAUUGGAUUGAAUAAUGUUCCCCUUGCUGGUGAUGGGUUUGAGGUUGUCUCCUCCCUUGAUGCAGCACGUGAGAUGGCAGAGGCACGGGCAGAGUCACAGCGUAAUGAAAGAUUAUCAGCUAAGGCUGGGGACGGAAAGGACACGCUUUCAUCCCUAGCUUCUGCUGUUUCAGCAAAGAAGAUCUCAGGCUUAGAUUUACAUCAACUGAAUAUCAUUUUGAAAGUUGAUUUACAGGGAUCAAUAGAAGCGGUGAGACAAGCCCUGCAAGCUCUCCCUCAAGACAACGUCAUGUUGAAAUUCUUGCUACAAGCAAGGGAUGUAAGCAGCAGUGAUGUUGAUCUAGCAGUUGCGAGUGAAGCCAUCAUUUUCGGAUUUAAUGUCAAAGCACCUGGUUCUGUUAAGAAAGAUGCAGGAAAUAAAGGUGGUGAGAUCCGGCUAUAUAGAGUUAUCUAUGAUCUUAUUGACGAUGUGAGGAAUGCAAUGGAAGGACUUCUCGACCCAGUUGAGGAACAAGUGCCGAUUGGAUCAGCGGAAGUUCGAGCUACAUUCAGCAGUGGUAGUGGUCGAGUGGCGGGAUGCAUGGUAAAUGACGGAAAACUUGUCAAAGAUUGCGGCAUUAAGGUAAUUCGGAAGGGGAAAACUGUUUACGUCGGCGUUCUUGACUCACUGAAGAGAGUCAAGGAGGACGUUAAAGAGGUGAGUGUGGGAUUAGAGUGUGGUAUCGGCAUGGAGGAAUACGACGAUUGGGAAGGAGACGUGGUCAAGGACUUCAUCUCUGUUCAGAAGAAGCGAGCUCUCGAAGAAGCUUCCGCUUCAAUGGCUGCUGCAAUUGAAGAAGCUGGCAUCCAACUGUAAUAAUAAUAACAAUAAAAAUAAAAAAAAAAGCUCUUCUCUCGCCAUUAGAGGUAAGGCCAAGAACCUUCGUCUCCCGUCUUGAAACGGAAACGGAGGUUUAAACGGCGAAGCGAAGGAGAUGAAUUCAAAUGGUGGCUUGGCUUCUGCGGUGGAUAAUUUUCGCAGCUUGGAUCGUUUUGUACGGUGGUAAUAUAUAUA